ACCAUUUUGUAUCGAGCAUGUUUUUUUAACCUCAUUUUUAUCACAAUCAAAUUAUGUAAAUAAAUAAUGACUUCUUUUAACAAAAAGGCGAACAUUUUAAGCUACAAGGGUAGCAGCCACAUGCGCCAGCGGCUGAUCCUGUCCGUACUAAGCGGAAAAUCUGUGAAAAUUGACGAGAUUCGAAAGCUCGACGAUAACCCCGGAAUACAGGAGUUCGAAGUGAACCUUAUUCGCCUUCUAGACAAGAUCACGAACGGCACGAUUGUUGAGCUAAACGAAACGGGAACUUCGGUUUUCUUCCAGCCGGGCCUGCUGCAUGGCGGAACCGUACAGCACGAGUGCUCUCUGCAACGUGGUGUUGGCUAUUAUUUGGAGGUCUUGGUGAUGUUGGGACUAUUUUGUAAGGUACCGCUAAACGUUACGUUGCGCUGCGUUACGAAUAACUGCCUCGAUCCGUCGGCUGAUCACAUUUUGCAUGGAUUCUUGCCAUGUUUAAGAAAGUUUAUUUUGGAUGACGAAGAUUUGGAACUGAAAAUAGUUAAGCGGGGUAUGCUUCCACAUGGAGGUGGCGAGGUGAAAUUUUCGUGUCCCAUAAGUAAGCAAGUGCGGCCCGUCCAGCUUUUAGAUGCCGGCAUGGUGAAACGUGUGCGCGGCGUUGCAUACGCCUUACGCGUAGCUCCAUCCAUCGCGAACAGAAUGGUGGAUUCCGCCAAGGGCGUUCUGUUAAAGUUUCUGCCCGACGUGUUUAUCACAACCGAUCAGCGCAAAGGGAUACAGUCUGGUAAAAGUCCAGGUUUCGGCAUUCAUCUGGUCGCGGAGACAACUCAGGGGGUCUUCUACGUUGCGGAACAGAUGUCACAACCGGCGGAAGCUGCAGAUGUGUCUUUACCAGAGGAUGUCGGAGCCAAGGCCGCUCAGCGCUUGUUACGACAAAUUUACCUGGGAGGGUGUGUGGAUCCCGCCGCGCAGUCUGUGGCCGUUUUACUAAUGGCGCUUUCACGAAAUGACGUUUCAAAGAUUAUGGUGGGGCCUUUAUCCAAUUACACAAUCAGUUUUUUAAGACAUUUGCGAGAAUUUUUCGGGUUGACCUUUCAUCUGGAGCAUUGUGUCGGGGAUGAUGAUAGUGAGGGGCGAGGUAGUGAUAAGAUUCAUAUGACUUGUGUCGGGAUCGGAUAUUCUAAUUUAAAUAAGCGCACAAUUUAGUAUAUAAAUUGUAUUGUAAAUAUAACGUUAAGUUUCCAUUCUUUUUUUAAAUAAAAUUGUAUUCUUGCGAUAGAA